CCCAGCAUUCUUUGAUUCUAUGGAACAUCUAGCAAUUCAUCUUCCAUAUGAGGCCAGAGUUGGUGGUUCUGUUCAAUUUCGUUGGAUGUGCCCAUUUGAAAGGCGCAUGCGCAAACUUAAGAGUACCAUAGGGAAUAAAAUUCAUGUCGAGGCAUCAAUUGUUGAGGCAUUUAUAUUAUACGAGAUAUCCCACUUUUGCUCUCGUUAUUUUGGGGAUGAUGUUGAGACAAGCUGGAAUCAGCCUCCAAGGAACUAUGGUGACAUUGGAACCAAUGUUCUAGGUAAGUUAUCCGUAUUUUGUUCCACUGGUGAAUCAAUAGGGGCUCACUCAUGUACACGAUGUUUAACAUUGGAGGAGAAAGAUGCAGCUGAACUAUAUGUCUUGCUAACUUGCAAGGAGGUUGAUGUUUGGGUAACGAUGUCUGGAAAUCUUGCAGGUUCAGCAAGGAGGAGAUCUUCCUCCUCAGGAUCACAAGAGCAACACAAUUUUAAUCACCCACAACUGUUUACUGAUAGUAGCGUAGCUCCGGAUAUACAACUAAUGAUUGACCCAUUAAUGAAUUAUACUUUUGCACCUGAUCAUGAGAACGAGGGCCCUUCAUCCUUGACGGGGAAAUGGGUUAAACUCACUGAUGAUAAGCUUCAGUUUGCUGAUCCAAACAUCCCUCGGGCUAUCACUUCACUAUGGAAGUCACGUUUGAUGGCCCGUAUUUCACAUUUGAGCUGGGAUCCUGCAGAUAAUCACCAUGUGCGAGAUGCAUUCCUAAAUUGUAUGAAACAUAGAUGGAGUGACAAUCUCAGGGAUGAGAAGUUGAAAUGGGACAAGAACUCAGCCUAUGUCCCAUGUUGGAUCCCAACUCAUAUAUGGCCUCAACUGCUGACAUAUUGGGACUCUGAUGAAUCUAAGAGGCUCAGUGCAAGGGGAGCAAAGAAUAGGAGCUCUGGGGAAAUGGUGACUCACACCACUGGAUCCGUUAGCUUUGGCAUCCAUGAGAUGCGGAUGGAUACUUAUGUUGCUGCGGAAUGCACAGAUAGUCAUGGCUCUGAUGCUAGUUCGUGGCCACGCAUGGAUAACGAGGCAUGGGUUAAGGCUGUUAGAGGUUGCUCAUCUAAUUUCAUGCCAGGGAUUGGCUCCCAAGUAAAUCCAGAGAUGGUUGGUUUUACUUACAGAAAGAGACAACCCCAAGAAAACUUAAUAGCAGCACUGAUGGCGUCUGACUAUGAGGAGACACAGGCAAAAGAUCAUGAGGAGUUAGAAAGACAAUGCCAACAAAUUGCUUUGAUGCAACAGCAGCUGGCCAAUAUGACAGCAGCUCAGAAUAAUAUGAGCCAGACAAUCGCACAGUCUGUUGCAGCAGCUCUAGCCGCUCAUGGCAUCUCCCCUCAGGCAGACUCGGAAAUCAAGGGGAGUGACGUGAUAAAAGGCUAGCCACUUGAGAUUUGACAUAGAUUUUAGAUACAUGUACACCACGCUCCUGUAAGUUAGAUUUUAAUUGGAAAUUUUAUGGUCCCAAACCGAUUUUGUUCAGUAAGUUCCGAGCCUUGUGCAUUUGUGGGACCCGUCUCACGAGUGCACGGCGUCUGUCGCGCCUCAGAUUUGGGUUCUGGGGCGUGACAGAUAAAGUGGUAUCAGAGCU